GCCGAGUCAACGUCUGCGACGACGUCGACACUGCGACCCUGCACAGCAUGGCAAGGUUGGCGUUGGAGAUGUGCCCAUCACGAGAGCUGCCGACCAGGCGGACACACAUCUACACGGACGGCAGCUACAACGGCAUCCCACACUCAGCCGCCUGGGCAGUUGUCAUUGUCGACGAGUACGAAGACGGGAGCAACCUGCGAGGCCCGUUCGGCUUUCGGGGUUUCAUUGCUGGCAAAGUCACCGAAACCCUAGACGACAUGGUCAACAACGAGAAGGUGACGGCAUACACAGCGGAGCUCACGGCAGUACUCUGGGCGUUGAUGUGGGCCCUUGGUCAAGAUACCGACGCGCCCAUCGAGAUCACGCCUGACGCCCUCAACGUCAUCAACCUGGCCAAAGGCGAAGCCCAAUGCCACGUACAUCCGAGGUUGGGGGCAGUCAUUCGCACACUUGCAGGCCUCCUCCAACAAGCCCGACCCACCCAGUGGCACCAUAUUAAUUCGCACAUCGGGCACCCUUGGAACGAGCUCGCUGAUGGGAUAGCAGAUCAAGCCUCGGCCAGCGACCUGAUGGACCCGAACAUUGCAGCCGUACAGGCGAUCGCCCACAACAAGUUCCUCUCCUGGGAAUGGCUGCGAUCAGCGCCAGACGCGGUCAAGGCCGCAUACCCGCCUCUGCGGCAUAAAGACUUCAUCAUUGAGGCCACUCAGCCGCAGGCAGCCCCAGGAGCGAUCCAGAGGCCCAUCAGCACUAUCACCAUCAAGGCCGACCUCAACGUGAACCUGUGCACGUACAACUGCAGGUCACUCAAGGCCACCGUGAGCUUCAAGCCGGACAAAGGCAAGGCGGCCGGCAAAAGCAAGCAGAGCCUCUCCAAGGCCACGCACCUAGCAGCACAGUUUGCUGACAUGGGCCUGCACGUCGUCGCCCUGCAGGAGACCCAGAGCGAAGGAGACGUCCGCAAUGUAGGUGAAUACGUCUGCUACUCAUCAGGCCACAUGCAGCAGAACAGAGGGUGCGACAUCUGGCUCAACGUCUCCCAACCUAUCAGCACGAGUGGGGCAGCGAAGUACCUAAGUGCCAAAGACACCCUCGUCCUCCACCAGCACGACCGGCUCUUGAUCAUCAAGACCCGCGUUGCAGGCACAGAUAUGGUCAUCGCAUCUGCAUACGCACCCCACGAAGACUCCCACGCGGCGGAGAAGAGAGAAUUCUGGGAGUCUGCUCAGCGAUUGUCCGACAAGUACCGAGUGGACAUCUUCAUGGGGGACCUGAACGGGCGUCUUGGCGACUACGAGUCCCCAGGAGUUGGCACCAGUGGGUACCCAGAAGUGACCAACGGCAACGGCAAGCACAUCAUCAGCUUCGCUGCCGACACUAACAUGGAGGUCAUCAACACCACGAGGGAUCCAGGCAGCAACUCAUAUACGCACGUCGGAUCGAAGGGGCAGCACCACAGGAUAGACUACAUCCUGCUGAACUCCUCGAUCGCCCCAUACGUCGCGAGCUGCAGCACGGAGCCAGGUCUGGACCGAGGCACAGCUGCACAAGACCACAUACCAGUGCUAGCCAGCCUCAAGUGGGCCGUCUGCAAGACCACCAAGGCCUCAGGACCGAGGCCCGAUCUGACCAACUUGAACAACGACGUCGCCAAGGCCAGCUUCAAGGAGAUCCUCAAGCAGGCCCCGAUCAUCCCGUGGGAGGUGGACGUCAACACCCACUGCGAGGAGGCCACCAGGGUCAUUAACGACGCGGCCAUCCAGGCCUUCGGCAAGGCCUCCAGGGCAACGAGGAAGCCCUACGUCACCAAGACUACCAUGGGCCUGAUCCGAGCCAGGUCUGGGCCCAUAGUUGCCGCGGCCGUCGAGAAGGACCGAAGCGCAUUCCUCAGUCGGCUUGCCUCGACAGCGUCCUCCGCCUCAGCUGCGAACGACGCUGCGGCCCAGUGGAAGGCUUACCGAGACCUACUAAGGUACGGAGGGAGGAAGGCGAAAUUCCCAGCAGGAAAGCCCAUGCGGCUCGACAAUGAUGGAGAGGUGAUCCACAACUCCCAGGAAAUGGCGGACCAGGAGCUCAACCAUUUCGCGAAGAUACAGGCGGGGAAGAUCGUGACAGCGGAUGACCUUGCUGACAAGUACAAUCACGACAGCAAGAUCAGGCCUUUCGACGGCAUGCUGGAUCUCUCCAUGGUGAUGCCCCUGGCCGUCUGUCAGGCCCAGUUCGCUGCGGCCAAGGCUGGGGCGCAAGGAGGCCCCGACGGGCUCACGAACGCUGUCCUCAGGGCAGCCCCCACGGAGGCAGCGAGGCUACUGCACCCCCUCUUCACCAAGGUGGCGACCACCGUGCGAGAGCCGCUGAGCUUCAAGGGUGGAGACCUGGUCGCAAUUCCCAAAGGAAAAGGCGACCCAAGGUACCUCCAAGCCUACCGCGAGAUCCUCUUGAACAACGUUCUGGGCAAGCACCACCACAAAUACCUAAGGACCAUGCUCAACACUACCCUCGCCAUAGCGCUGGAGGACAUCCAGGUUGGCGGCCGGCCCAAGCGAGGGGCGGACAUGGCGGUCCUUGCAGCGCGCCUCUUCACCGAGAGAAGUCAGGCCCAAGGGAAGUGCUCCAUGAUAAGCUGCUACGACUUAAAGGAGGCCUUCUACUCGGUUGUAGUCCAACUGGUACAUGGUAUCCCAGGUGAAGAGGACGAAGUCCAGGAGGUGCUAGAGAACCUCGAGGUUCCCCUGUGGGCCCAGCCGCAGCUGGAGCACCUCAUGGCCAACCCAGGGAUACUCGACACAGUGUUGGACGGCUCCCACCUGGCUGCCCUCAUUGCAGAAGGAUAUCGCAACAGGUGGACAUCACACAGGUUUUCCCAGAACCUUAUGGCACCGCACAAGGGCACGAGGCCUGGCGUGCCCCUGGCCGACGCGGACUUCAAUCUGCUAUUCGGCCGAGUCCACCGCAUGAUUGACAACUACCUGGCGCAGCGAGGUGACUGUGACAAGACGAAGAGCCCACCAGCAACGAGGCAGGCUUACUGGCACAUCGAGGAGGCCGACCGCGACGCGGAGCGCCUCGCGCUGGGCCAGAAGGCGAUGGAGGCCGACGGCAACGCGGAGCUCCGCGCGCUGGGCCAGCUGGCGCACAGCUGGGAGGUGCACCCGGCGACGCACGGCGACGCGGAGCACCUCGCGCUGGGCCAGAGGGAGCGCAUCAUGGAGGCCGGCGGCAACGCGGAGCUCCGCGCGCUUGGCCAGCUGGCGUACAGCUGGGAGGCCAGGAGCGGAGCCCCGCAGACUUGCGGCAACGCAGAGCUCCAGGCGCUGGACCGGCAGGUGCACACCGCGGACGCACGCGCGACGCG